AUGGAUCAACCUGCUUGGAAUCAUGAAACAAUUCAAUUAUACACAAAAGCGAUGGAUUUUGCUGCUGUAAAACAUCGUGAUCAACGACGAAAAGAUGCCAGUGAAACACCAUACAUCAAUCAUCCAAUUGGUGUUGCUAAUAUUUUGACAUCCGAAGGGAAAUGCUUUGAUUUUGAAGUUUUAAUAGCCGCUCUUUUGCAUGAUACUGUUGAAGAUACUGACACAACAUUCUCAGAAAUUGAAACACUCUUCGGCGAAAAGAUCGCAAACAUAGUGAAGGAAGUCACCGACGAUAAAACUCUACCAAAGAUGACACGAAAAGAACUUCAAAUUGAAAAAGCCAAAACUGCAAGUACAAAAGCCAAACUUGUAAAACUUGCUGACAAGUUGUAUAACUUGAGAGAUCUUCAGCGCGGCUUGCCGGAGGAAUGGACUGAAGAACGAAGAUCUCAAUAUUUUAUUUGGGCAAAGAAAGUUGUCGAUAACUUACGUGGAACAAAUCAAAUGCUAGAAGAUUCCUUGGAUGUCGUGUUUCGAGAACAGAAGUUGAUUGAUUAG